AUGAUCAUUACUUUGCCCAAAGCAAAACAUCUUCAAGAUUCCAGUCAAUGCGGCGCACCUCAUCAAACGGAAUCGUUGACAGCAGACUUAUCCGCGGGCGAGAAGAUCAACAAGAACGUACCAGUACAGCCUGAAUACAUUACACACGAAGCCCAGGACUCAACUUCUUUCCCGUCUGCACUCGAAGAAGUUCAUACCACCCUUGCUGAAUACAAUGCGAAGGAAGUGCCGACUUUGGCCCAUAAUACUCAAAUCUCAACCGGAUACGGCACAGCAGGAGCUACCCAAUGCUCCUCACUGUCAUCGUUACCCAAUAGUCACUCAGGAUACUCCACUGACCUGGUUAUGGUUGGAAACCCAUAUGAACAAGCUCCUGCUUUCCAAUGA